AUGGACAUCGCCUCGUCGCCCGCCAAGAGGCGCGUCCUCGCAGCUCUCGACCCCAACGCGUCGUCCCCGAAAGCACCAAAGCACACUAGCUUGAAGCAACCCACCACGAAACCCCUCGCCGCCGUCAUUGUCGACGAGUUAGAACUCGCCAGGAAACGCCCCCUACCGGAGCAGCAGCUGCAACUGCAACUGCAACAGCAACAGCAACAGCCAGCCAUGGGGCCGCCGUCACACGCAGACCAUGCGAGCAAUGGGGACAUUGGGGAGCCAGCCAGGAAGCGGCCGUGUCUCCAAGACGACAGCAGCCGGGAGGUGACUAUCAAUGCCAUAGCCCAGCCAGAACCCGAGUCGCCUAGGUCUUCGUCAUCCACCAUCUUGGAGCGGCACAGCUCCGUGUCGCCGCUCGACCAGGACCACGACACGUCGUCGUGCUCCGUGUUCGACGUCUCGGCCAUCGACACGUCGCAGGCCACGACGCUGACGGAGCCCGACCACCUCGACCCGCAACCCGCGGCCGCAGCUCCAAAUGCCAGCGCGGGUGCCGGAACCGGAGCCGGGCGCAUCCCCCGAUGGCCGGGCCCGGCGCGGGUGUUGACGCGUGAAGAGGCGCGAGAGAAAGCUGAGAUCCUCCGCCUGCGCUUGGGACUGGCAAACUAUAAGGUCCGCACGGGCCAGACCGAAGUGCCCCUCGAGCAGCUGCAGGUGAGGCCGCUGCCGCCUCUGCCGUCCGGGGCCGGGAGAAGCAGCAGCAGCAUCAGCAUCAGCAGUAGCAAUAAUGGGGAGAGAAGCGGCCUGCAACGCGUGGCUGCGGCUGCGGCGGCAGCUGCGGCUGCGGCUGCAGCGGUGGCGGCGGUGGUUUCCGCCCCGGCUCGUCCUACUGCGCCGUCAAAAGCUCCCGCGCAGUGGAUGUGGCGCCAGACCGGCUCAAACCACGCCUCGUCCCGGCCGCAGCAGCAGUCUACCGGGGUGAGCGGGAGUGAUGGUGGUGCUGCGCUUGCAACACCGAGACGGCUACUCCCCGCCGCGCCGUUGCGGAGACCUGGUUCGGAGGAGAGAAGCAGCCACGACGAGGAUGUAGCCAUGGACAAUGUCAUAGUUGAUCUGACUCGCGAUGGAGCGGGCGACAAUGACGACGACGAUGACGAAAACGAGCAGGACGAAGAAGAUAUUGCUCUGCCGCGUCUCCCGUCGCUACCACCGGCCGCGACGGCAAAGACGGAGUCUGCCAUAGCCUCUCGCCGCUCAUAUUCUGGCGGCGACAGCGACAGCGGCGGCGGUGGUGGUGGUAAUACUGCGGGGGCCCGGCUGGCCAGCAGUGCGCUGCUGGGCGGCGCAGCUAGCGGCCUCCUGAGCUUUUCCAGAGGCUAG